CACGUCUUUCGUCAAGCACACAAGACCUAAACCCAUUCAAAAUGGCUACCGACGGUAAGGAGCACCUUUCCAUCGUGAUCUGCGGUCACGUCGACUCUGGUAAGUCGACGACCACCGGUCGCCUCAUCUUCGAGCUCGGAGGCAUCCCCGAGCGCGAGGUCGAGAAGCUCAAGGCGGAGGCCGAUGCGCUCGGCAAGUCUUCCUUCGCGUUCGCGUUCUACAUGGACCGCCAAAAGGAGGAGCGCGAGCGUGGUGUCACCAUCUCGUGCACGACCAAGGAGUUCUUCACGGAUAACUGGCACUACACCAUCAUCGACGCCCCGGGCCACAGAGAUUUCAUCAAGAACAUGAUCUCCGGCGCCGCGCAGGCGGACGUCGCGCUCCUCAUGGUCCCCGCGGACGGUAACUUCACCACCGCGAUCCAGAAGGGCAACCACAAGGCCGGUGAGGUCCAGGGCCAGACCCGCCAGCACGCGCGUCUCAUCAACCUUCUCGGUGUCAAGCAGCUCAUCGUCGGCAUCAACAAGAUGGACUGCGACACCGCGGGCUACAAGGAGUCUCGCUACGAGGAGAUCCGCAACGAGAUGAAGAACAUGCUCAUCAAGGUUGGCUGGAAGAAGGACUACGUCGAGAAGUGCGUCCCCGUCCUCCCCAUCUCCGGCUGGAUGGGUGACAACCUCAUCAAGAAGACCACCAACAUGGACUGGUGGAAGGGCAUGGACUGCGAGGACUACGCGGGCAAGGGCACCAAGCACCACGUCGACUGCCUCCUCGACGUGCUCAACGGCAUGGUCAACAAGCCCGAGCGUCUUCCGGACGCGGCGAUGCGCCUCCCCAUCUCCGGCGUGUACAAGAUCAAGGGUGUCGGUGAUGUCCUCGCCGGCCGCGUCGAGCAGGGUGGCGUCCGCCCCGGUGAGGAGGUUGUCUUCAUCCCGACCCACACCGUCUCCAACCCCUGCACCGGCAAGGUCUUCACCGUCGAGAUGCACCACAAGCGCGUCGAGAUCGCGCACCCCGGUGACAACGUCGGCAUGAACAUCAAGGGUCUCGACAAGAUCAACAUGCCCCGCACUGGUGACGUCAUGAUCUACAAGAAGGACGACUCCCUCAAGGCGUGCCAGGACUUCAACGCACAGGUCCAGGUCCUCGACGUCCCCGGUCAGCUCAAGCCCGGCUACUCCCCCGUCGCGUUCGUGCGCUGCGGCCGCUCCGCGUGCAAGAUGACCACCCUCAUCUUCAAGGUCGGCAAGGAGACCGGCGGCAAGAAGCUCGAGUCCCCCCAGGCCCUCAAGUCCAACGAGGUCGCCGAGGCUGUCUUCGAACCCCAGCACCCCUUCGUCGUCGACCACUUCAAGGCGUGUGACGGUCUUGCGCGCAUCGCGUUCCUCGACGGCAACACCGCCGUCAUGCUUGGCAAGAUCACCAAGGUGACCUUCAAGGCUGACAAGUAA